AAACGCUAUAUAACCCCUCUAAUCAUUUCGGUGCAACUCUGACCCAAUGUGGUGUCAUUUUGUUCGAGGUGCCGUUAACUGAUUGGUCAUGUUUGAAUUGCGUGUGUUAUCCCAGAUCGCUUAGCGCUGCGAGAGAAGAAAUGGUUGUUCCGUAGAGAUCAGGUUUGAGUUUUUUUCUCGGGGGGCGUGAAGGCGCCCAUCACGGAUCUGGCCUGAUCUACGUUCUGCACAGAAAGUUAAUCCUUCAGUUUAGUUCAUAUGCAAUUUGGUGAUCAUCAGUGACUCCUGAAAGAUGGUUAAUGUCUUAAAAGGAGUUCUUAUUGAAUGUGACCCGGCCAUGAAACAAUUCUUGCUGUACUUGGAUGAUACAAAUGCUCUGGGGAAAAAAUUUGUAAUUCAAGAUCUGGAUGAAACUCAUCUGUUUGUCCUGGCUGAGGUAGUCCAUAUCUUACAAGAAAAAGUUGGAGACUUAAUGGAUCAAAACUCAUUUCCAUUAAUGCAGAAGUAAAUUGGUCAAGAUUCCUAUUUUAAUGUAUCGGACUAAUUGAUCAGCUGUUACAAGAAAAAAGUGGAUAAGAGUAUAACAGAACAACUGUUAUGUAAGAGUUUUAUUUUCUGGAUAAACAUUGUUUUGGUAUUAAAAAGCAUUUCUGUAA